AUAUUGACUUUCAGGUUGUAGUUAAUCCUUCAGAUCUCUGGAUUAAAUCUGUAGUUUAAGUCGCGAUAUCGGAAAGGCUCUUAAUAUAAUUACGUUGAGUUCUAUAAACUAAGUACUCAUCGGUAUGCAUUACCGGCAACGCUCUCUUUUUCUUCAUUGUAAUGGGAACAUUUUCUGCGUACAGGUACCUCUCGUAAUUAAGUACAUAUAGUAAUAAAAGGGGUACUGGCACCUGUUUUUUUUUCUCAUGUCGCGCAUGCUGACUAUUUAAUAUCGCUACGUGUGCUACACUUAAUGAAUUGGAAAGUUUCAUACGAAACUGAAAAUAGUGUCACGUUAUGCGUUCGUCAUUUGUCAGCUGACCGACCGAGUUUGGUAGCACUGCGGCGUAGAAAAACACCGAAGGUUCUUGGAAAGUGUCGGCUUCAAUAAGUAUCAGCAUAAAAUAGUGUAAAUUUAAAAGCAAAAACGUACACAUCGUUGUUGGCAGUUUUUUUGUGCCGGGCUAAUGGAUGCUGGAGCGGAACUCGAACAUACCAUGGAGUACAAGAUUCUCAAGGCCUAUAUGAAAAGGAGGAGACCAAAGGGCACCACACUGGAGAUUGCAGACCAUGAUAUGCAGAAGGUGUCCUGCAAGAGGGUGAAAAAGCGUAAGAUACUGAAGUUCUUCUGCUGUGUACACCCACAAACAGAGGAGUUGAACCCAAGGCCCAAGAAGGACAGAAGAGUCAUUCAAUUUAGAUGCCUAAAUGGUGAUGACGGAGCUGUGGAAGUUGCUGACCAGCUGAUGAAGAUUGCGGAUUCUGUGCCCAUUUCCAGUAUCGAGAAGGGAGACAUUGAAGCGGAUGGCCCUGAAGGUGAUGACCCCACCCCAACUCUUCCCUUUCCAGAGGAUGUCAUCCAGGAAAUUGUGGAACUGCUGAAAGAAUCCGGCGAUAAACUCAAUGAGGAAGUGAAGAACAAGAAUUUGGCCCAACGGAUGCAAGACAUUUUUGACUAUGACUUCUUCAAAAAAGUGACUGAUACCUUCCUCCAGCACAUGGGGUCCUAUGGUAACCCCACCGCAAAGAAGGCGGAGAUUGCCCUCGCGGUUGAGGUCACCAGCAGGAUGACUGCUAUGGGCAACCAUCCCAUGAACCGGGUUCUUGGUUUUGGCGUUAAGUACCUACAGGAGAACCACUCCGCUUGGAUCCAGCAGCAUGGAGGCUGGGACAAUGCUUUUGACAGCAAUAAAGACGACGAAGUUCAUUGAAGAGGAUUUUUCUCUUCUCCUUCCUGCUUUCAGGGAUUUUGAUUCUUUUGAACACAGCUCUGCGUAUGUUGCCGCCUAUGGGCUUGCUGUAUAGUUGAGUUCUCAGGGUUCCGAGUUUUCUUUCCCAAAGGUUUCUAGAGAGAGUGACUGGUGGUUCGUUAACGAAAUCCAUGUCGUGCUUCCUAUAGUUAAAGGGCAACAGCCACUUGUCAGUCUGACUUGUAAACGGUAUUAAUAAGGGGAAGAAAAUCCUGCCGUUAACAAUGGACUGAAUAAGGCUUGUGGUAGCAACAUUCACAACAUCCAGGACCUCAGGAGCAUCGCAUAUAGGAACAUGCAUGCUUUUGUAUAGUUUCCACCUCUUCUAAAGCACUUAAAAGGCGUAUGUUCAUUUUGAAACGGGAAAUAAUUUUCAUGCAUUCAUAGUGCAUUUGAAUGUUUGCAUUUCCUUCCCUAAGCCCUCCAUUACUCUCUCACAGGCACAAAUGUUCGCCCUAAAACAAUGGUUUGUGUGACGCAUUAUGCUCAUACCUGACAUUCCACUGGAUUAACAAUAUGAGGCGUAAGACGCUGCAUUGACUGAAAAGAAUGUAAGGGUUAUGGCUGUGGUGUUUGAUGUUUUGAAAACUGCUUACUUGUGACCUGAGAUUGCUGUGAAUUGUCUCAAAGCAUCUUGCCUCAUCGGCGGUCCAGACCUCAUCUGUGCUGUCAGUCUCAGAACGUCUGUCUUUAAAAGUGCACUUUGCCUUGGAUGUGGCUCCACACCUCCUGCUACAUUAAGGAAUACACCUGUAUGCAUCAUCGCCUUCAUGAAACGGUCAAACCUGAGGAUGCAGGUGGCUGCCAUUGGAAAGUGCAUUCUGCGUUGGCCUGAAAAGAAGAUUCUACCUCACGCAGACUUCUGCUCUCUCCAGUAGGUUUCGUGCCAAACCAGCUUUUCAUCUGUGAGCAUGCUGGCUGUGGAGGUGAACAAUCAUUUUAAAUUGGACUCAUCAGGAUUCUAUCAAAGACUUGUAGUGUGCUGUGAUGUCUACUGCUUUCAUCUGAGUAGUGUCAUUUCGAUGUAUUUAAAUCCCUGUAUAACUUAAGAUAUAUUUGAUAAGUUCUGUGAAAUAUUUAUGAGAAUUUUCAUUCUUUAAAUACUGUGUUUCGAUGUAUGAAUUUACAUUGCAGGGUGACUAUAUGGGUGUGUAUGCUGAGAAUUGAAAUGGUUAUGUUUGCUUACAGUAACCAGCAAUUGGCCAUUAAAAAUGCUCUUUCAAUCAUCGUCAUCAUUCUCCCAGAGCUCUGGACUUUACUUCAUCUCCAAAUAUUGGAUUCUUUUACUUUUUUUUUAAAGGUGAUAAACUAUUUGUCAUAGUAUUUUAUUCUUAGAAUCAGAUCUGAAGUGAAACUACUCGCGCUGUAAAAUAUAAUCCAAAGCCUGAAA